UCCUUCUGAGGCUCUCAGUCCGACUGAGAGACUGCAGCUCCAGGCUGGGCGCACAGGACAGCAAAUAUCUCCGAGACCGCCUGGAAAGGCUGAAGACGAGGAAGGGGCGCGGGAUGUCAAACAUUGGCCGGAAGAUGAUCUACUGCUCCAUGUGCAGGAAGGGCUUCUACAAGCAGGCCCACAUGGAGGCCCAUCGCCGGGUCCACUGCGGCCUCCCGCCCAAUCAGUGCUGGCAGUGCGGCAAGACCUACCCCACCCUACAAAGCCUGGUGCUGCACCAGCAGACCCACGGCCGCAAGGAGCAGUACCGGUGCUCCCACUGCGACAAGAGCUUUGUCCUCAAGCGAGACUGUAAGGCCCACCACCGCACCCACUCCCGGCACCAUGCCCUUCAAGUGCUGGUUCUGCCAGGACGGCUUCAGCCACCAGGAAGCGCUGGACCAGCACCUGGACUCGCACAAAGACGAGGAAUGCUACCGCUGCAAGGUUUGUGACAAGCGGUUCAUCUCCUACCAGGGCUUGAACGCCCACUGCCAGUCACACCAGAGGAGGCAGCUGCUGUCGUGCGCCCAGUGCGACAAAGCCUUCAGCAAUCCACAGAGCCUGAAGGUCCACCAGGUGAC